UUAAAUGUAUGAACGUUGCAGAAUUACAGAGAGUAAAACAUGGCUUGCUGAGCAGAAGCACAUCUGGGGAAUCUUUGAAAAAUACUUCAGAAAAGAACCUUCCUUAUGUCUGUUUUGUUGCUGUUUUCCUCUUUGGUUCCACGGAGCAUGUGACUCCAGGUUACCAGCAAAGGCAUUUUCUCUGCAUAGACUUUUUGGAGAUUUUUAUUCUGAGCUACCAUGCUGGCAGAAAGCUUCCUGGCUGUCUUUGCCUAUCAGGUUGAGCCCUGUGACUCACAUCAAGGCCGGUUGCUCAAAACUGUUGGAGGAGAAACUUGGAAAAGCCAGUCUGCAGAUACAGAUGCAAAUGAAAAGUUCUCUGUGGAAUCCAACCAGCCAGCAGCUGAUGAGAAGAUGGUGGGGAUUCAUGGUGAUAACCUGGAUCAGAAAGGUCAUCAAUGGAUCCCUGGAGAAGAUACACCAAAGAACAAAAGCCACAAGAUCACUCUGUCUGUUCCUCAGAAUAUGCCAAGAGAGGAGCAGCACUAUGAAAAAGAGGUGGAUUUGUACAGAUCUUGGUCAUGCCAAAGUCUUUAUCAGAAUUAUCCUGAUCUGCAUAUUGGAGGUGAUCAUAUCACUGACCAUACAGGUGAUUCAGGUUGCAUCAUGGACCAGACCUAUUACGAACUGUCUGGUCCUGUUCUCAUGUCAAAAGAUAUUCCCUUAGAUAUUCCCUUCCCAUCACAGAAACCCAAGGUACUAAAGUUGGGUCAUGGGGAUGAAGUUGGGGAGAAGAGCAUGGUUCUCUAUAAGGAGCCGCUUUCCAACUCGGUGCUUAACAACUACAUGGAAAAAGAAGUUCAGGAACUCUAUAAACAGUUUUUGGAAGAGAAGCUGACUCAGUGCAAUUCCAUCACCCACUUCCUGAUGUCAAAUGUGCUGAUGAGUAAUGGUGAGGUCCACCACCCACUGUCUCAUGGGCACCAACAAACUCUUUUGCACUCUCUGGCUCGCUUUGGCUUGCACAACACUAGCAGUGGAAACAGCAGUGAAUUUAGCACCCCAAAUUUGCAAAUCUCCACACCGCUGUGCAAAAGAAAACGUCUGUGAUGCAACGUGUGCAAUGAAAGAAAAGCUGAUUCUUUUUUAAUAAAAAAAAUGGUGCAGUCUUUGAUUAAUACUAACAUGGACAAGCGUUGAUGGCCAAGAGGUACACUCAUUGUUUCUGGGAGGUGUCAAAUGUAGCAGUGAGCAGGACGAUAGCAUAUCUAGAGUGAGGCCCUAUCAUAUAUAUACAAGAAUCUAAGAUCUUUCUGAAAGGUUUUCUUUUUAAGAAACAUACAAUGUAAAAAAACAAAACAAAAACUAAGCCUAUUUUAGGGUUUUGCUGCAUUU